CUCUUUUCAUAGGGCCUUUAGUCACUACGUGAAAAGCACCUUAAAACAAUCGUUUGUGAUGCACGUGGUUUAAAGAAGUUAUUAAUUUACAAUAAUUAUUUUCUGUUAUUGCAAUGUCUUUUUUUAUAAGAAAUAAUCGAGGAAGAGGUGGUACACAAAAGCGUAAACACAAUGGUCACUUAAGUAAGACGUCUACAGCUCAGUUUACAAAACAGUCAAGAAAAUCAAAGAAGUCCAAAUUCAAUGACAAUGAGAGUAUUGCCAGUACAGAUGAAGAAUUUGCAGAAGAAAAUUUAGGAAAUGAAGCAGAAAGUGAAACUGAGGAAGAGGAGGAGACUGCGCAAGAGAAACGUUUGAGACUUGCAAAGAAAUAUCUUCAAGAAAUUGAAGAAGAAGAAAAAGAUAGAGCAGAAUUUGAAGAGGGUGCAGUUGCACGGAGAUUGCGUGAUGAAUAUCUAGAGGAAAAGGGCCGAUUAAGAAAAACUAUAGCGGCAAAUUAUGUUGGUCAUGAUGAGUUUAUAAUAUUGAAAUGUAAAGAACACAAGUCGUCUAUUACUUGCAUUUGUCUUUCUAGUGAUGGCAAUAUAUUAUAUUCAGGAUCUAAAGACGGCAGUUUAGUUAAAUGGUCAGUUAAGGAAAAGAUUAAAUUAAAAGCAAUUAGAGGAGACAGAGGGAAAACAAAACCUGGAAUAAAAUCUGUACGAUGUUUGGCAAUUAGCACAGACGGAAAGUUUCUUGUAGUAGGAGAUGGUGGAUGUAAAAAUAUAAAAAUAUUUUCUGGCGAUACUCUCGAUCACAUAAAGGAUCUGCAAGGUCAUAGAGGUCUUAUAUCUGGAUUGGUAUUCCGUAAGGAUACUCACACGUUGUAUUCCGCAUCCGAAGAUAGAAGCGUGAAAGUUUGGAAUUUAGACGAUAUGGCUUAUGUUGAAUCUUUAUUCGGACAUCAGAAUGCUAUUACAUCUAUCGAUGCCCUGUCGCGAGAACGCGCUAUCACGACCGGUGGUUACGACGGGACUAUUAGGAUAUGGAAAAUAGUCGAAGAGUCGCAAUUAAUAUUUAAUGCGCAUAGCGUCGGUAAUAGCACUGAUGUGGUCAAACUCAUCAAUGAAGAGCAUUUUUUCAGCGGUGGGAAUGACGGACAACUUUGCCUUUGGGGGUGUUUGAAGAAGAAGCCACUAUGUUCGGUACUGGAAGCACAUGAAAAGGACGAAACCAAUGGUCAACCGAUGUGUAUUUCCAGUAUCGCUACACUACUGAAUACAGAUUUAGUAGCAUCAGGAUCGCGAAAUGGUACGAUCAAGUUGUGGCAAUGCGGUGAGGGCUUUCGAUCUUUAAAUCCGUUGUUUGAAGUUAAAUUACUGGGCUUCAUAAAUGCACUCGCAUUCACUCCCAAUGGGAAUCACCUUAUUGCUGCUGUAGGUAAAGAACAUAGGAGUGGUAGAUGGUGGCAAAUACCUGAAGCAAAAAACGCUGUUGUUAUCAUACCUCUAGUACAUAAACAAAAAACAAAUAAAUAACUUUAGAUCAAUUUAUGUAGAAUUAGCUCUGCAUAUAGAUCAGUUUUAUAAAUAUUUUUGUAAAUCAUGGAAAGCUUUAUUUACCUAUCACACUUUUAGUUAUAUUUAUAAAACAUAAAUAUCUUAAAUAAAACAAGAAAUAAAAUUAAUUUGAUAGAAAUA